AUGGAGCGCCGUGGCAAGCCGCCUACCCUGGACGACGAUGGCCUGCGGAAUUCCCGGCGCGAUGAGAGAGACGACGACGACGAUGACCUCCAGCGUUCGCAGACGGAGGAUCGCAAGGGUUCACGGACGUCGGCGUCCUCUGCGGCAGCCCGACCGAGGGUUUCCUCCGUCUCCGCGCCGGCAAAGCCUCCGGUGGCCCCUUCUCUCGGAGCGCCUGCGCCCACGGGCUCGCUGGCGCCAGCUUCGCCUUCCCCGGCUGCCUCGCCCACGGGCUCACCAGCUGCCGCGAGCCCCGCGAGCCUGGCCGCCCAGCGGAAGCACCUGGACCGAGCUUUUCUGUCGACCACGAUGGCCUGGGGAAACUCGAAGUCCCAGCAGGGCAACAAGUGGAGCUCCACCGCGGGAUUUAAGGAUUCCCUCACCGGCCAAGAGGUUUCCCGU